CAAAAAAGAGUGAACAACGAACAAAAAAAAAAAAUUAGAACAGGAGACAAGCAUGCAUGUCUGUUUUAACACCAGUACACCACAAAGGCACAAACCCAGAAAAAGGAAGCGAGUUCAAGAUCCUUACCCAGAAAAAGACUUGGACUCUGAGUUCAGUCCUUCAAUACAGCUUCAAAUGAGUCCAACCUGGCCAAAAAAGAGUGAACAACGAACAAAAAAAAAAUUAGAACAGGAGACAAGCAUGCAUGUCUGUUUUAACACCAGUACACCACAAAGGCACAAACCCAGAAAAAGGAAGCGAGUUCAAGAUCCUUACCCAGAAAAAGACUUGGACUCUUUCUGGAUGCUCGUCGCAAUCUCUCUGUCUCUACUCUCUGUGGACUGGGUGUUCUCAGUUCUGGGUAGAAAUUUAGCGAAGGACGAAGGUCAGGAUGGUGACUGGUGACCUCUGAAAUCCCCCUAUAUAUAGCAGUACGAGUGUCAAGAAGAGUCAGUAGAUUGAGGAUACAACGAAGAUAAUCGAAAGAAAAGAAAAAAACUAGAAUUGACUUAUCUGUUAUCGACGAACAAUCAGGGAUUUGAAGUCCAAACGACCAAUUUUUGGCCUGUGCUCGACGAAAUCGGCGUCGGAUCGUUGCUCUUCCAGCCAUGCAAUUGGUCGAAUGGAGGAAUCGAAGAUAGAUCGUAGUGAAACUAGGAGAGAUUCGAGGAUUUGGAGAGGAGAAAAGGCAAAAAAUCGCGAUUAUCUUGCGAUUCGCCAGAGAAGAGGCAGAGAGAAAGAAGGAAACUAGGGUUUGGUGUUUUUGGUCUGCGAUUUGCAAAAUGAGGAAUGAGGGGCGGCUGCUAGGGUUUCUCAACACAGAACACGAAUAUAUAUAUGGAGGGCGAAACGACGUAGUUUUGGUGCACGGGUAACCCACCGGGCGGGUUACGGGGCGGAUAGUGACCAAACCAACCCCACCCGAAAACCAGGGUUGACGGAUCCCGGUUUCCCCGCCACCCGUUGACGGGCCUGUGCGACCAGUCCGUUUGGGCUCUUAACGGGCGGGCCUCGGGCGGGUAUCCGCUAACGGGCCCGGGCCUGCCAUCCCUAGGUAGAAGAUGUUGCCUGGUCCAACUGGGCUACACCAUCAAGACCAGAAGCUGAUUUACGCAGACAAAAAAGGGAUUUCAAGGCAUUCCUCAGUAUAACAGAAGCUUCAGUCUACUGAGGCGAGAAAGGAUUUGGAGUAUCUUCCUGUGUCGUUCCUUUAUCAUGCUUAAUUACAAUCCCACUAAAGAAAAUCAUGGAAUUUUGUCAUUUAUUAACUCUUUAAGUUCCUGUUUCGGUUUGUUCAUCUUCAACUCUGAAGUCUAUUAAUCUUUCACCCUGGACCAACGAGCUAAAUAGGAUUGAGAAACCAUUCUUGGCGCUUCCUCAUGCCGAAGACAACUGGUGGGAGACUGAUGAAGGAACAAAUGUCAACAGCCUGCUUGGAAAUAGUUUCAGACUGCACCAACAGUAGCAUGUAUCUGUGGCAGCAACAACACCUGCUGGUAUUAAUCUUGCCCUUAACAUUGAUACUUUCAGAUUUAAUUAGUACCUUGGGUGUAUGUUUAUAAGGUUUGUAGAUGACUAUUGACUAUUACUAGCUUUGACCCCUGCCCUUCGGGCAGGUAGCUUCUUCGUUAUUGUGUAUAUGUAUAAUAUAGUUAUUAAAUUAAUAAAUUUUCUAGAAUCACGUAGAUAGAUUUUGUAAAAAAUACCAAAUAGAGUCAUUAAAAGUUUUACUCCCUCCUCGUAAAUUACAACGCAAAAUUCACCUCCUAGAGACAUUCAAGAAAGAAAGGAAAAUCAUACAUCUCUAUUUUCGUAAACUACCCGUUCUGAUAAUCGAUGGUUUUGGAGUAUGAUUAGAAAAAACAGGCCUCCAGUCACUUGUGAUCUCGAUGUACUUUUGUAUUUUGAUCAUUUUCAUUCCAUCGUGUGUGUGUGUUUUUUUUUCUCUGUUUAACGCCUAAAAAGGUAACAUUGGAUAUCAUUGUAAUUUUGGAGUAUUGACACUCAUUGUAUUUAAAUAUUUUAUUUUGUUGAAAUCUAUAAUAAAUGUCACGUCUUCCUUACUUAUAUAUACUUUUUAAAGAGAUUUAUUAUGUAUUGAUCAAAUUUGUAAUAUUUCACGCAUAAUUGAAAUCUAUUUAUGCAACAAAAAUAUAUGUAUACUAUAUAUAUCUCUUAAUUUCUUAUUAAAAAUUAAAAAGAACAUAUUGAACAUCAUGGCAAAACACUGAGUUAAAAAUUGUGGAAUAAGCCAUCUAAAGUUUUUUUAAAUGAAAAGCCUAGUUUUCCACACAUUCCCAAAAUAUCCGUGAUAAAGUAUGGGUGAUUUUCCCUUUUCCAAUUUAUUUUUAAUUUAUUAUCAAACACACCGAUUUGAAGUGUGGAAAGUUAACUUUGAGUAAAAUACAAAUAGUGGGUAACUGCUUCUCAGUAAAAAACGCGCGGAAAAAAAUACAAAAAGCAAAAAAAAAUAUCUCAUUCCGAAAAACGCGGGGAGAACUUCAAGGCUUACGUGGAUAGUGCCUAUUUCUCAAACCGCUUUAAUAUAUUCUAAGAUAAGAUGGUUGGCUAUUGUAAAAAGUAAAAACACAUUCUGCCAAAAUUGGUCCUCCUACCUAUUUUGCUUCAUGUGGAUUUGGUGUUUUGCUUAUGUGGCUGGAUUUGGACCAAUUUUGGCUGGAUUUGUGCUUUUUGGCAUAAACUAACCUUUGUUCAAACAAGCAUCAUAGGCUAAACUUCCCAUUUAAUAUUCUUCCUUUCAAUUCUUUCCAUCGUCAUUGUUAGGCCAUGAGUCUAAUUGAAUUCUGAACGUCGUUCGUAUUGUAUUGUUCUCCUUUGGAAAUUUCAUUUCCUAGGCUGCUCUCUGAACUGGAAAAUAUAGUCAAACUGCAAUUAGUUGAAGCAGCCAGUUGUGUUGGGUGUGAUAGUUUGGUCACUUUAAUUCAAUGAUGACUUCUUAUGUUGUCAUGUCUUUGUUUCAGCAAUGAUGAUUGAACUGGGCAAUGGAAUUGACUGCAGCGAUGGAGUGCCUGCAUGUUCAGCUGGCCGGUGUGAUGGUUUUGAUCACUUAUAAAACACCCGCCAAAAAAAAAAGGAAACAACUUGAUUUGCGGAAGCAACCAUCUUCCUGGAAUUUGGGCAACUGCUUUGAGGUGCUCCAAUGAUGAUGUUGCAUCAGAAGUCAAUUUACAGCAGCAGCCUAAACUGAAACCCACACUAUCAACAAUGAAUUUUUUAUGCUAGCAAGGAUCUACUUGGCCAUAUUUAUGAUGGUGCAAUGAGUUGAAGAAGAUGUCAAUUAGAAGUAGGGACAGAGAGGAGGAUGGUGAGAUCUUGGAAGCUAACGAAAACCAAGUGUUCUGCAGGCUUUUGUUUGAACAUAAUGGAAACAUGAAGUGGUGGCAUGUUUACAUUAACUUUAACAUGAUGGCAGUCAUAAAGAAAAAGAUGUGCUAACAUGUUUUCUGUUUGCAGAUCUUGGUGGUGAAUCGCUAUUUGCCGCCCGUAUAUUUACUAUUUGCCGCCCAUAGUUUAGUGAAAAAAGUCCACUUUGCCCUUCAAUCCCGCAAACCAUUCCACGGCCGCCGAAACUUACCUCCCUCACGGCGGAGAUGUUUGCCGCCGACCGCAAACCACCCUACCACCACGAUUUCCUCCCUCAGCUAGCUAGCCUUCCCGUCGUCUUUGUCCUUUGCCUGUGACCGAAACUUAUCUUCAUCCUCUGCCCGUCGUGGAAUCGUCAUCUUCGUCGUUCUUGUUCCCUAUUCUUGGCAUCGGCUCAGCGUUCACCAUCAUCAUCUUCUUCGUUCACUAAUCCAAUCCCAGCACAGACCGAAAACAAUAACAGGGAGAAGGUAGGAGCGAUGGUUUCAAAUCCGGAUCGUUGGCAGCGUCGUUUCCCCUGCAAUUUAGGGCCGGCGCCGGCGGGAUGGGUCCGACUUUGGAUAGAAGAAGCAUUCUGACGCCGGAGUUCGCGCCUGAAGCCGCGGUCCGACGCCGGAGUUCGGACGGCGUCCGAAAUCCGGCGUCGGACGGGGUACGAAUUCCGGCAUCGAACCGCGUCCGAAACCCGGCGUCGGACGGCGUACGCAACUCAGCGACGGACCGGUUACUUACUUUAAAAAAAAAAUCCGUUUUCAAUUAUUAUUUAUUUAAAUAAUUGUAACAUAUCAUAAUUAGGAUUGAAAAUUAUGAAUUGAUUCCAUUUUUAUUUUCCUUAUUUCACCCAAUAUUUAUGACAAGAAUGUUGAUUCCCUCAAAUUAACCUGAUGGCAGACGUCUAAUGGUAUAUACAUAUUAUAUUAAAUAAUUAUAAAACAACAAAAAGGCAAUAAUCCAUAUUUAAUUCUAUUUCCCUAAUUCAAAAUUGGGAAUUUUCCUUAAUAAAACACAAUUAAAUUC